AUGAGGUCACCUACGCCUCCGCCGCCACCGCCGUAUGCGGCGAAGCACACAAUAAUCGCAGCGCCCCCGGCCGUCUCGAACCGAACUCCCGCCACGUCUCCGCCGUCACUUGUCGGUAAGCUGCCCUCCCUGGACCCGGCCGGCCACCGCGUUUCCACGGCGCUCAACAUCACCUUCUCCCCCACGCCCUCGUUCGCCUCCUCCUCCUCCUCCCCCGCCCGCAAGUCGCCCAGUCGGCCGGACACCUUCGGCCAGGUCGGCGGUGGCGGCGGGUUCAGCGUGUCGGCGGAGGUGCCGAGGCGCCACACCGUGCAGCGCAUCUCGUCCUCCUCCGCCUCCAUCGCCACCCCCGCCACCGCUUCCCACGGCACCGCUCCCCCCGAGUGGAAACCAGGUGAAGCAGUAAAACACCAGGGCGAAAUGCUGUCUUCCGAUGCUCACCGAACUCGUCUCUCCUCCACCCCGGCCUCGCUGUCGCCCCCCUCCGACGUGCUCCAUCACCACCCCGUGCUGCUGCGGCGGGCAUCUCACCUCUCCUCCUCCGCCUCCUCGUCCUCCUCCCCCUCCCCCGCCGCCGCGAUAGGCGUCUGCUCCAAGUGCGGCGCCCGCAUCACCAACGCCGCCUCCGCGUGCCAGGCCAUGGGCUGCCUCUACCACGACUUCUGCUUCGUCUGCUGUUGCUGUCGUAAGUCCUUGCAUUUCCUUGUGACCUCUCUCAAACCCCCUCCUCCCCACUGCGACUGGUUUAUCAUCAUGUCCUGGCUAAAUAUCGCGCCCCGUACACCCACAAUCGCGCAGAGAACCCUUCGCGGGAAAACCUUCUACAAGGACCAGGACAAAAUUUACUGCGAAGACGACUACCUGUACUGUGGAUUCCAGCGAAUGGCUGAGAAGUGCGUUGCCUGUGGACACAUUAUUGCUCAAACUGUGAGUCGCUCUGGCUUAUCGACUCAGUUGUCCGCGGUUGGUUCGUCCAAUCGCUUUUUUGAUUGGGCGGACUGUGGGUGUUGUGUCCGUCUCAUCCUAUCACAAUUUAGUGCGGGUGUGUGCGCUUGA